UACCGACGAGUCAUGUCAGGCUAUUCCAGGAAUAUGAACAUAAGAUCAGUCAAAAAUAAUAUUAUCGUAUUAAAAUAUAAUAUUAUGUACCCGUUUGCGGUUWAUUGUUUGUCCGGUAGGUGCCGUGGUGACUUGUAAGUUAUAAAAAGACACGUAGAAGGUUUCUGGUCAUCACUCGACAGUCAUCGGCGUUCAGUUUACACUACUACACUGUACGGCGAUACAACAUCAUGAUUUUCAUAAUAAAAAUCUUAAUUUUAAUCACUGCAAUCAUUGCCAUCAGUGGAAAAGCACUUGACGUGAAUGUCGAUACAGAUCGUCCCAGCGCUCAUUCCGAUCAUUACAAAAUGUUAGACACUCUAUCCAACACGAAACGGAUUGUUCCUAACCAUGAUGAACUUGAUUUUACAUGGCCGAUACGGACUAGAUCUUAUAUGCUGCUACCAUCACCAAAUUACGAUACUAUCAACACCAAGCCCGUAGUGAACAAGCAUGGAAACUSGUGGGAACGACGACAAAUUCUUGUUAAGACCAAAGGUUCAGAUGAUGGACCUGAUUCAGUYAUAUCSCUCGGCAGUUCUUCAUUAAGAYCCAUGUUAAGAAACAGACGACGUCGAUCAUCCUCAAAUUCAGAUACAUUAACCAAUAAAAACACCACUGUGGUAGUGAGUCCCACACUCGUCAAUAGUGAAACACCAACAUUUUCUGAAAAUAAACGUUUACUUAUUAUGUUAUUGACUUCAUUUACUAGUAUUACUCCGCCAUACGUGAUUUUUCCACCGAUAAAUUGGGAAAAAGUUGACAGUAUUUUUACUUAAAAUUAAUAAUAAGAAUAUAAUAUUUAAUUAUUAUUWUUUUUUUUUAUAUAAAUUAAAC